AUGGCCUGGUUUAGUUCUAUACUUAACGGUGUUGGCAACGCAGCAAGCUGGCUUGUAUCCAAUUCUGGUCUUAUCAAUGGCGUUCUGGAGACCGUUGGAACUGUUGCCAAAGGUAAAUUCCCUGGAACAGUGACCACUGAGGGCUAUGUCAUUGUGGAAAAUACGGAUAUUUCUGAAGAGGACUGUGAUUGCGGAGAAAAUUUGGUCAACGGCUUCAAGAAAGCAACCACAAAUCUUGAAAAGGCGGCACAGCAAGGUGGAGAACAACCACCGCCAAUGCCCCCAAACGGCUCCCAAGAAAGCGCUAUUCUCUCUGGAUUGUGGACCAACCCGGGUGUCACCUUGGAUGGCGCCGCAACUCCCGAGAUGUAUAGAGAUAUGGGAAAAUUUUUGGCAGAAAACAACAUCCCCACGGAAUUGAAAACAAGCAGCGGGAGCAUGGAGGAUGUGUCUCACCACAUAUGUGCUGCAAUCUUCGCAGAUGCUCCUGGUAUCCCCGAAGCUAGCGAAAUCGACGGCGUUGCUAUCAAAAUGCCGACCUUUAAAAUUGGGGGUGAUGGGUGCACAAUUUCCGGCACUCAUGCAUACUAUUCCAUUCCGUUGGGUAAGCGCAGCGAGGGAUCAGCAUGCGACGACCAAGCAUGGCACGGGGCUGUGCGAGUCACCAAGACCACUACCCAGGCAUUCGACGCCGAACAUCGAAAGGAGAUGAAAAAGGACUUUUUUGUCGCGCAGGAUGUUGAAAUGGCGAGUGUUGGGCCGAGAUGGGUUGUCACUUGCCAGGUAGACUGGAGAACAAUCUCACUUGCCAGAAACUCCCGGGAUAAAUUGAAAGCAGAGUUCGAGAAGAAUUAUCCUACCUACAAGAUACUGCAUCUUGGAGUCGCUGGUCAGAGCCAAACUAUAAAAAUCCAGGCACCUGAGGGUGACACUCCAGCCAAAGUGCGUGCUCUGCUCAACAAAGUUGUCACCAAUGUUGCAAAGACUGUUACUCAAGCUGGGAACCAAACUAUCAUUGGCGAACCUCUAUCAGACAGCAUGUUAUCUGCUCACGUGCGGUCUGUUCUUAACCUUGUUAUUUCGGAAACUGAGAGGAAACUGACUGGCCAAAUGCUCGAGCCUGGAAAUGGGACAAUUGAUCCCACACUUCAAACACCGGAGGUUACCGUAACGAACUCAACUUUGGUCAUUUAA